AAGUUAGUUUCACCUCUGCUCUUAACUUAAUCCUCCAGCCCGCACAUCAACAUCCUGGGGCUUCACCCUCUGGACUUUGUUCCCUUCCGCCCGGGUUUCGUCGUCUGGUUCCACGUCCCUCACCCACCCUGUUGUUGACACAUCUGAUCUCAGCUCCCAUCAUACAUAAGGGUCAGUGUCACAGCCGCUAAGAAAGAGUGCUUCUUUGUGCGGCACUUUUCAAGCAGGCAGGCUCUGUGGAGGGUUAUCGGUACUGAGAGAAUCCAAUUGCGGUCUUGUUCUAUCGCGGCCACCUUCUCCUACCCCUCCUGAUAAUGAGCAUUUGCAAGGCUCAGUCCGCUUAAGACCCGAUCCGAACCUGGGCAUGUACACCAGCACCGCAUCUCUCCCUUCCACGACCCGUUGCCUCCUGCGGCCCUCUCGCUUCCUUUUGUAACCUGAUUUGCAUGAUAGCUCUCGAAGCGGUCGGACUUUCUCAUCGGUUGACCCCAAGGACGACUUGAUUCGCGCUACCAUCACACCCAAGGUCAAUAUCAGACAUUAUCGGCAGCAGGAAACACUUCGGAUACAUCAUGGAUCCGCAGUGGCCUGCUUACUCCGAUUCGGCGGGAAGCAGGGCUAAUCAAUUCGGAAAUGGCCAUCCGUCGCAAAUGUCCCAGAAGUAUACAGUUCCUGGGCCUGGAGCCCAAAGUCAGAUGCAACAACCGCAGGCUCCGUUGGGUUACACCUAUGAAACGUACCAAAGCCCGACCGCUACGAAUCCUCCCCCUCUGCCUUCGAAUGCCAAAUCGGUUUCCAUGACCUCGUCGCCCACUGCGACCCCGCUUACGCGGGAGUAUAUCGACCCGGAUACGCCGAUGGAAGAUGCGGAUCCGUAUAAUAGGUCAAAAUAUCCCACCAGGUCUAGCCAGCAGAACCGACCCUCUUCUCAAUAUCUUUCGAGUGAGGAGUCCUCGGUUGCCAGGAAAUACUCCCCAAUGAACAUCACUUCGCCGGCAGUCCCCUAUAACGCCAGUCCAAACACUUCGCAAGGUUCAUACUCCUUCCAAGCAGGUAAUUCGAGCUCGCGACCAUCCCCCACAAGGACGAACGCUUUCUCUGCGUCGUCUCAAAAUUUCCAGUCUCCAUCAUCUGGUGCUCCAUCGAGACCUCAAGCUCCACGAUUACCCCCGAUGCAAACCACGGAUAUCAGUCCGGAACAGUACUACCCGCAAUCGGCCACCCUCCAACUCCACACGGCAUUCGGACAGAACUCAAAAACGCAACCCGCCCGACCGUCGCACUUGAACCAAUCGAGCUCCGCCUUGGAAACGUCGGCUAGAAGGGGCCCUGUGCCUAGAUUUCAAAAGAUCAAGUCCACGCAAGAGCUGAAGCCGAAAGUAAAUGCGCAGCCUGCCUUUCGUCGUGCAAAUCCCGAGGGGGGGUUCAUCAGCCCUCUCCAAGCUCUCACAACGCAUUUACCCGCCACGUACCGAAUAUGUAACCCAACGUUUAAAUACGAAUCGUCCAGGAAUCCCCGACGAGUGCUAACAAAGCCCAGCAAGGGAACCAAGAAUGAUGGCUAUGACAAUGAUGACAGUGACUAUAUCCUCUAUGUCAAUGACAUUCUUGGCAGUGAGGAGGCAAAUCAUAAGAACCGGUACCUUAUUCUUGAUGUGCUUGGACAAGGCACGUUUGGUCAGGUGGUGAAGUGCCAGAACUUGAAGACCCAAGAAGUUGUUGCUGUCAAGGUUGUGAAAAAUCGGACAGCAUAUUUUAAUCAGAGCAUGAUGGAAGUCUCAGUUCUUGACCUGAUCAAUAGUAAGCUGGACAAGAACGAUGAUCACCAUCUUUUGCGCCUAAAAGAUACCUUCAUACAUCGACAACAUCUAUGCCUGGUUUUUGAGCUUCUAAGUGUGAAUCUCUAUGAACUCAUCAAACAAAAUCAAUUCCGUGGACUUAGCACAACAUUAGUUAGGGUUUUUGCGCAGCAACUUCUAAAUGGGUUAGCAUUACUCAACAAAGCUCGGCUCAUUCACUGUGACCUCAAACCGGAAAAUAUUCUUUUGAAAAACCUCGAAAGUCCAAUCAUCAAGAUCAUAGAUUUUGGUUCUGCUUGUGAUGAAAGGCAGACAGUCUAUACUUAUAUUCAAUCCCGAUUUUAUCGUUCACCUGAAGUUCUUUUAGGCCUUCCAUAUUCAUCUGCUAUUGACAUGUGGUCAUUAGGUUGUAUUGUUGUUGAGCUUUUCCUUGGUUUGCCAUUAUUUCCGGGAUCCUCCGAGUACAACCAGGUUUCUAGAAUAGUAGAAAUGCUGGGCAUGCCGCCAACAUGGAUGAUCGAGAUGGGAAAGCAAGCCGGCGAAUUCUUUGAAAAAACCCAAGAUGAAUUUGGGAGACGAAGUUAUAGGCUUAAAAGCCUUGAACAGUACUCGCGUGAGCACAACACCAAGGAGCAGCCGAGCAAGAGAUAUUUCCAGUCGAACAACUUGAGUGAAAUCAUUCGUAACUAUGCCAUGCCAAGGAAGAAUAUGAAGCAAGCAGAAAUUGAUAGAGAGUUGAACAAUCGCGUUGCAUUUACUGAUUUUGUUCGUGGACUAUUGACAAUCAAUCCCCUAGAAAGGUGGUCGCCGCAGCAAGCAAAGUUGCACCCUUUCAUUACUCAGCAAAAAUUUACACAGCCAUUUGUGCCGCCUAUGAACUUGAAAUCCUCUGUUAUCAACAAAUCUGUUGCGCCCGGUGUUCAGCAGCAGCAACAAGCUGAGGCCGCUAGCAAACAACGUGCGGCACAAGAGGCACAAGUACACGCACAGGCCCAAUCUGCAGCUCAGUCUGCAUAUGCAAUGCAAAUGAAUCCAUAUAACCCGGCUUCUCACAGCCAACCUCCGACAGUGUAUAAUAACAUGUACGCUGGUCAUCAACAAGGUGCUCCACCCCCUUAUCCGGCGCAGCAAUCAGGAUAUGGACACCAGAUGGGAAUGAUGCAAAGUCCUUCUCAUAUUCCGCAACAACCAUAUGGAGCCUCCCAGAGCCUUUAUGCCCAAGCAACAACGAGAGCUGGACGACAAAGAGCUUCCACUAUGGAUCAGCAACAGAGUGGUAUCCCUCCUGCGAUUCAGAGGGUUGCCAGUCAUUUAGAUCCAAAUGCUCCGAUUCGCUUGCAACCCAGCCCAGCUUAUUAUCCUCCACCGGCGGAUGGAUAUUCUGAAGGAAAUGCAUCUGGGACGCGUCGGAGAGGCAGCCGUGUCGGUGGAAACCAUGGUCGGGGUCGAGAUUUUAUUCGCACCCUCGAAGACGGUGCACUUGGUGAUGGAUUUAUGGCCCAAAAUCAAUGGCGAUGAUAUGGAUAUAACCCCCCAUUGUCCAACUUACACAUGCGGUGUUGGGGGUAAACGCAUAUUUUCACGACUGGCUAGACUCCCGAGGGAGUCGAUAGGGGUGGGCAUCUGUAUUUCUGCCCUACUUUUUUGUUCUAUAUAUAUGCGUACUCAGUCCAUCCAGGUGUCCCCGUGGGAUCGAGUUCCAAAAAUGACGGCUCGGUCAGUAUAGUGAUGAAUUGCUAUAUCGAACGUGGCCGAACGACGAACAAGUUGAAAUGAUUCCUGGUGGUCGCGUCAAAAAAGAGGAAUUUUUGGAUAACCCAUGAAAACAGAAUGAUGGGAUUUGGAUUCGGAUUUUGAUGUGAUGACUCCUUGGAUUCCUGUUACUAAAGAAUGAAUGAUGACCUUGAUUCUUCAAAGAGAUGCAAAUAUUUUAAUCAUUUUAUGGAUAUCUUCCCCCUAUCCCCCUUCGUUUCUGUUUCUCUGUUUUAUCCUCUCAAGCAUAGCGUUGGCGUGGUUUUUGUGCUUAGGAAGGACAUAUAUGAGCUUUCACAUACAUUGCUUCUUGACCGUCUAUUUUUUAAUACUAUCAUUUCAGAUCUCUUCUGCACUGGGCUUAUGACGGUUCUCCACUGGUGAAUUCGACAACCUAUGUGAACUUAG